UGGAGCUCUCCUGCCCGCCGCGGUGUGAGUGUUGCCUGGCGGCGGCUGUUCUUCUGCAGCGGGCUGAAAUCUGUUCAAACCCCCGUUUGAGAAUUGUCAACAGGAGGCUCCGCGGUGAGGAUAUUCUGUGUUUUGGUGGCUGAUAUUAAACCCAGCGCUGCUCCAGGCAGAGCGGUGAGCGGAGAGAGUGUCUGCGGGGUACAGCGCGACUGUUUCCCCGCUGCUGCGGCUCUGUGUGCGGGGUAACGGCGGCGGCAGCGCCGGGCUUGCUGGGCCGGUUAGCAUGCAGUGAAGCUUCGGGCCUGCGGGGAGGGAGUUCAUACAGGCGGCACCAGGGAACCAUGUCGAGCGGACGGCAGCAGCACCAGGGCGGCGGCGUGGGCUCUGUGCCCGGUACGAGCUCCGGGAGCGGGAACACCGCAAAUAGCGGGAGCAGCAGCAGCGUUACGGCCAACGGGAGCAACACGGGAGGCGGCAGCGGCGGCGGAGGAGGAUCCUCCAGGACACUGGGCUCCGGAGCUGAGCAGCAGCUUACGGGGACCCAGAGCGGCAGAGCUGGCUCCUCCGGCGGGAGCUACAGCAGGAAGCGGCCGCUGUAUAACGGCCUUAUUAAUCCGUAUGAGGAUAAGAGCAACGACUUCGUUUGUCCCAUAUGUUUCGAAAUGAUAGAGGAAGCUCACAUGACUAAGUGUGGCCACAGUUUCUGUUAUAAAUGUAUACGACAGAGUUUGGAGGACAGCAACAGGUGCCCAAAAUGUAAUUACAUUAUAGACAAUGUUGAUCAACUCUACCCCAACUUCUUAGUGAACGAGCUAAUCCUCAAGCAGAAACAGAGAUGUGAGGAGAAACGGCUAAAACGGGACCACCCUAAUGGAACCAAGUGGCAGUUUUUCCAGGACGUUCUUGGCACGGACCAGGAGAAUCUGGAUUUGGCAAACGUCAACUAUAUGUUAGAGCUGCUGGUGCAGAAAAAGAAGCAGCUUGAAGCGGAAUCACAAGCAGCUCAGCGGCAGAUCUUAAUGGAGUUUCUGAAAGAAGCUCGGAGGAAUAAGAGAGAGCAACUGGAGCAGUUACAAAAAGAGCUGAACUUUUUGGAAGAGGACAUAAAGCGCGUUGAGGAAAUGAGUGGGAUGUACUCACCCGUCAGUGAUAUGGACCCUAAUUUGGACAGCACUGUUCCCCAGUUUGGUGAACCCCAUUCUCCUGCCCCUAGCAGUAGCAUCAUAGAACCCACAGAAUACAUUCAGCCUCCUCAGUUUGGAGGAAGUUCACAGGGUAAAAGACAGACCUGGUACAACAGCACUCUGGCCUCUCGACGGAAGAGGCUAACGGCGCACUUUGAGGACCUGGAGCAGUGCUACUUCUCCAACAGGAUGUCCCGAAUAACAGAUGACAGCAGGACUGUUAACCAGCUGGACGAUUUCAUGGAGUGUCUCUCCAAAUUCACACGUUACAACUCCGUACGGCCGCUCGCCACCCUGUCCUACGCCAGCGACCUGUACAACGGCUCCAGCAUCGUCUCCAGCAUCGAGUUUGACCGUGACUGUGAUUACUUCGCCAUCGCUGGGGUCACCAAGAAAAUUAAAGUGUUUGAGUACGGGACCGUCAUUCAGGACGCCGUGGACAUUCAUUAUCCCGUCAACGAGAUGACCUGCAACUCCAAAAUCAGCUGCAUUAGCUGGAGUAGCUAUCACAAGAACCUGCUGGCCAGCAGCGACUACGAGGGAACGGUAAUUCUCUGGGACGGAUUCACCGGGCAGCGGUCUAAAGUCUAUCAGGAGCAUGAGAAGAGGUGCUGGAGUGUCGAUUUCAACCUGAUGGAUCCCAAGCUUUUGGCGUCAGGCUCAGACGAUGCGAAAGUCAAGUUGUGGUCGACUAACCUGGACAACUCCGUCGCCAGCAUUGAAGCAAAGGCCAAUGUAUGCUGUGUCAAAUUCAGCCCAACGUCUAGGUAUCACCUUGCUUUUGGAUGUGCAGAUCAUUGUGUCCAUUACUACGACCUGAGGAACACUAAACAGCCCAUAAUGGUCUUCAAAGGUCACCGGAAGGCUGUUUCCUACGCCAAGUUUGUUAACGGAGAAGAGAUAGUGUCUGCCUCCACAGACAGCCAGCUGAAGCUCUGGAACGUCAACAAGCCCCACUGCCUUCGCUCCUUUAAAGGCCACAUUAAUGAGAAGAACUUCGUGGGUCUGGCCUCCAAUGGAGAUUACGUAGCAUGCGGAAGUGAAAACAACUCUCUGUAUCUGUACUACAAGGGGCUCUCCAAAACACUGCUGACCUUCAAGUUCGACACUGUGAAGAGUGUUUUGGAUAAGGAUAAGAAGGAAGACGACACUAAUGAGUUUGUUAGUGCUGUGUGCUGGCGUGCGUUGCCAGACGGGGAGUCGAACGUGUUGAUCGCAGCCAACAGUCAAGGAACAAUCAAGGUACUCGAGCUGGUCUGAAGAUCUGCUGGAAUCAAUCAUCAGGCGCUUUUAUUGAACCAUCGCUCAGCUUCUCUUCUCUGCAAAGAAAUACAGGAGCACUAAAGCUCGGCUCGAGCUGCAGCCGGCGUUUCCAGCGAGACGAGUGUGUGUGAGAGCGUGAGUGUGUGUGUGAACUUUGUGAGCAGAUUUGAGCGUGCUGCUCUCCGGUGAAAGGGGUGAUGAUGAGCGAUGCGAGAAGAAGAUGAGGAUGAUGAGCGCGUAGCGGAUUCUUCGAUUAAAAAAAGAAGCCUCUUCUGAAGUGGUGGUUGUUGAUGAUUUUAAGGCGGUAUGAUUAUAGAGAGAGAUUUGUUCGAGCGGAGAAUCUCCCACACGUGUAAAUUUAUAAAAUCAGUAGAGGCUCAUCUAACAGAAGUAGAGCUACACGAGUUAAAAAAGCCAAAGCACAAGACCAGAACACAAUGAAACGCUUUUUAUUGUAUAAAUUAUCAACUGCUCUGCCGUUCUUUUGAGCCUAUAGUCUCUAUAUACUCUCUCUCUCUCUCUCUCUCUUUCUUCUUUUGAUACACAGCGUCUCUCUCUCUCUCUUUGUCUCUCUGUCUCUCUCUCUCUGUCUCUCUGUCUGUCUGUUCAUACAGUAUGAUGAUGAAUGCACGCCAAUACCUGUUACCAGUCACCAGAGUCCCCAGUUAAACUGCUGGUAGUUUCUAAAAGUGAAUAUACGGGGGAUAUAUUACUCUGUUUUUAUGUUGGUAAUUCUUACGUCAAGGGACCUCAAAACUCUGCAGACUCUGCAGACAAGACGGAUUUACGGAAUUACUCUCUUACGCUUUGAUGAAAGAAAUCCUGCAAAAACGAGCAGGCGGAAAAACGUAUUUAAAACCUACCGGUUGCCAUGUCUCCCUUCAUAUUCCUCUUCUUUUCUUUUUAUUCUCUCUCCACUUAGUGCUCGUAGUUUCACGAUGACACUAUGUAUUCUCUAUUGGGGUUUAUUUAACAAUCACCCGUAACAUUGCUGCUCUUUUUAUCAUUCAGUUCUUGUAUAAGCAUUAUUUAUUUUUGUAAUUUAUAGAACCUAUGUGAACUCCAUACCCAUGAUUUAGCGUGUUUAGGUUUUGGAAGCUCGGGUCUUCGCUCUUAUCGCUGCACCCCAGUAACUCUGUGUUUUGUGUAUCCAUUCUCUAAUUUUAACCCAAUAUUUCAUUUGAAUGAAUAAAUGAUUCUCUUCGCAUUGGU